AUGACUCUUGAUGAGAUAGAUAAAAUUGAACCGAUUGGUAGCACAGCAUUGCAUGUCGCAUCGUAUCGUGGUCAUUUUAGAAUUGUUAAAUUAUUGCUCGAAGCAGGAGCUGAUAGAGCCAUACAAAACAAACACAAUUGUUUACCAUUCGAUGAGGCAUUAAAUGAUGAUAUCAAAGAACUUUUUCUACGUGUACCAAACAGGAAUCGAUUAAAAUCAGAUACGGGUGCUAUUGAAUGGGAAUUAACUGACGAUGAUGUUCUAGAAAAACUUGUCAUCUAUAAAAGACAUCUGAAUUUUCGAUAG